AUGUCUUUGCCAUAUUAUUAUAGAUUAAGUGAGUAUGUCGCAUUUGUUGGAGCUGUUCUCAUGAAUUCUUCUUUAUUAUAUCUGUUAGUUACUAAAGCCGGUGCAUCUUUUGGAAGAUAUCGUAUUUUUAUGAUAACAUUUUGCCUUUAUACCAUGGUUUAUUCAUUCAUUGUAGUAUUGGCUCAACCAGUUAUACACAUUGAAGGUCCAAGUAUAAUAUUCAUCCUAGGGGGAUAUUUCAAAUUCAACAAAACCUAUGGUUAUUUUCUAUGUGGUCUUUAUUGUGGAUCAUUUGCAUUUUGCACUGCAACAUUUGCUACUCAUUUCAUCUAUCGAUACAUAAAUGUAUGCCGUUUCCAUCUUCUGCAAAUUUUUGAUGGAUGGAAAUUAUGGCUCUGGUAUAUUCCACCAAUCAUUCUAAUGUACAUUUGGGGAGCAGUUAAUGUCUAUGUUUUUGAGAUAAAUGAUUUCAAAAAAAAUUAUUUUCGUAAAAUUAUGAAUGAAACAUACGAAGAAAAUGUUGAUGAAGUUGUUUUCGUAGCUCCGAUUUACUUUGUGAGUUUUUAGAUGUGAAAUUGAGUUCAAUCGAAAAAUGUUCAGUUAGUUGAUAAACAAGGCAACCGAAUUUGGCAAUUCAAGGAUCUUGGAGGAAUUUUAAUUCUAUGUUGUAUUCUAGUGAGUUAUCAAAAAAUGUUCGAAUGUCAUUGUUUUUUCUUCUAGUCAUUCACGAUUAAUGUUUGCCUUGUCUGCGCUUAUAUGACAUAUCGAAAUUUGAACCGUUUAUCUAAAAUGAGUAGUAAAUCAUCGGCGGAAUUGAAUAAGCAACUUUUUACCGCAUUAGCAUUACAAACUUUGCUACCCUGCCUUACUCAAUAUAUUCCGUGUAGUUUAUUAUAUAUUUGCCCGUUUAUUGGGGUCAAUGCAGGAAAAUUUGCAAAUACACUUGGAUUGUAUUGCUCAAUUUAUACUGUUCUCGACCCUUUGAUUGCAAUGUUGAUAAUUGAACGAUUCCGUAAAUUCAUUUUUUGUAAGUUGACAAAAAAUCUGCACAGGCUCAUUGUAGUUUCAGGUAAAUAUUCAAAAGUCAAUUCGAAAGGCACUUUAUCAACUGAAAUUAGAAUCAAGAAGAAUACAACAAAUAGCAUUGUUCCGGAAUCAAAAAUUGAAAUUCUUCAUAUUUGA